AUGGCUCUGCUGGUCUCAUUUCCUGUCGGAAUUCCAGAUAUGGCCUGGGUCCUGCUUCUGCUGCUGCCAGCAGGCUGCCUGCAAUCAGGGAAUCCAGCAGGAUCCAGAAAAGUAAAUGACUUUGGUGUCAACCAACAAGCACACAUCUCUGGUGUCCAGGGCGACUUCAUGGAGAUCCACUUCUCCUUCUACUUCCCCUGGGAGUUGGCACCGGAUCCACAGAUGAGGAUUCUCUGGAGAUGGCAGCACUUCCAUGGGGAAUUGAUCUACGACUCUUCCUCGGGUUUCAUCCAUGAGCAUUUCAAGGACCGGCUCAUCCUGAACUGGACACAGCCUCAGACAUCCGGAGUCCUCAGAAUCCUGGACUUAAAGGAGAAGGAUCAGACAGUGUACUUCGGCAGAGUUUGUUUGAAAACGACAAAGCGCAUGGAAGUUUUUCAGUCGAUUGAAGGGACCCAACUCACCAUCACCCGUGUCUCCAGGACCACCUCUCCAAGCCCCACUACUGCAACUUCUGAAGGCCAGAUGAGCAGGAAUAAGACCCUAGAUCUGGGAACCGGAGUUGGGGUGGCAGUGGCUGCUGCUGUACUUCUGGCU